GCAUGCAUGAAUGAGUGCGAUAAUUCCCUCAACAACUACUAUAUAUCUUCCUAUUCCUACAGUUGUUUUCUCAUCAAUAGCUACUAGUGCCCUAUUACGUAAACUAGCAGCACCCUAUUAUCUUCUUCCAACUCUUUCAUACGGAGUAUCUGUUAGCUCGAUCCCUAGCUAUUAUCUUCUUCUAGCUCUUUCAUAUCUCGCUAAUAGUGUGAAUUUCUGUCAGUACCUUCUUCAUAUAUAUUUUGAACACCAUUAAGAAUCAUCUAGCCAGAGUUCUAGAUUAAACACCUUAAUUUGGUUACCAGCCAGGAAAUUAUUUUUGGUUUGGAGGCCAAAACAUCUGACCGUCCAAGGGAAAGCCGAAAGAAUAAUUAUAAAAUACUAUUGAUUUUUUGCAAAAUGAAUGGAAAAAAGGGUAGUGUCGACUCCGUUGAGAUCAACAUUCCUUGUUAUCAUCAUAAACAAAAUCAGGAUUUUUCAAAAAUUACUACUAAAGAAACAAAAGAGACUGGAAAAAAAAUUCCAAGUGGGGAUGGAGGUUUAUCAUCUAUUUCUGCUGCAUGUAAGGGAUGGAUUCUUGAUGUCUGGGAAUUCGCUAAAGAAGAUAUGAACAGAGUAAUAUUCUCACUCAAAGUAGGAUUAGCUGUAUUACUGGUGUCUUUGCUUAUACUGUUCCAAGCACCUUAUGCAGUAUUCGGUACCAACAUAAUAUGGUCCAUCCUUACCGUCGCCAUUAUGUUCGAAUAUACUGUCGGUGCGACAUUUAAUCGUGGAUUUAAUCGAGCUCUUGGAAGCUUACUUGCUGGAGUCUUCGCAAUUAUUGUUGCUCAAGCAGCACUGUCCAGUGGCCGGGUUGCCGAGCCUUACAUCAUUGGCAUCAGCAUUUUUCUUAUCGGAGCUGUAACUUCGUUCAUGAAGCUAUGGCCAUCUCUGGUACCAUAUGAGUAUGGGUUUCGGGUUAUACUCUUCACCUUUUGCUUGAUCGUAGUCUCUGGUUACCGUAUGGGGAAUCCAGUUCGAACUGCUAUGGAACGACUUUAUUCUAUUGCUAUCGGAGCGUUUGUAGCGGUUUUAGUUAAUGUCCUCAUUUUCCCUAUAUGGGCUGGGGAACAACUACACAAGGAGCUUGUUAACCACUUUGACUCGGUCGCCAAUUCCCUCCAAGAAUGCGUUACGAAAUAUUUAGAGGACGAUGGAUCUUUUCACCCAGAAUUCUCCAAGACAGUCAUGGAUGAAUUUCCAGAUGAACCUGCUUAUCGAAAAUGCCGAGCUACAUUAAACUCAUCGGCGAAACUUGAAACACUGGCCAAUUCCGCAAAAUGGGAGCCACCGCAUGGAAGAUUCUGUCAUUUUUUCUACCCUUGGUCAGAAUACGUUAGAGUUGGUGCGGUUCUACGGUAUUGCGCAUAUGAAGUUAUGGCUCUCCAUGGUGUUCUACAUUCUGAGAUUCAGGCGUCAUAUAAUCUUCGAAUUGCCUUUCAAUCAGAGAUUGUAGAAGUAAGCAAUCAAGCAGCAGAAGUAGUGAGAUGUUUAGGCAAAGACAUCGACGACAUGAAACACACACUCCAAACAACUUUACUAAAGAAACUUCACGCCUCGACGGAACGCCUCCAACGUGCUAUCGAUAUGCACUCAUAUCUCCUUAUGGCAACAAAUCAAGAAGCCUCGGCAGAGUACUCAUCUAAACCAGUAGCCUCCAAAAUCUCUCACACUCUUUCAUCUACUCUUAGCAGUGACUUCUCCAAAUGCUUGGCUGACGUAAGCGAAAAUGAUGGUUAUGAUUGUCAAGAACCAACCGCAAUUCGAACUUCCACUCUUGCACCAACUCAGACUGGCGAAUCUUACCAUGAAACAAUGAAGAAACAACAACGAAAGUUGUACUCAUGGCCGUCUAGAGAAGUUGAUGACUUUGAAUCAGAGGGUGGCAUAGAAAAGGAUUUUCUACCAAGGAUGAGAGCUCUAGAGAGUACUGCAGCGUUGUCACUUGCAACCUUCACUUCAUUAUUGAUUGAGUUUGUGGCCCGACUUGAUCACUUGGUUGAAGCUGUUGAUGAAUUGGCGAGGAUGGCCAAGUUCAAGCAGUAUUAAUUACUUGCUGGUUGAAUUUACACGUUAAUCUUGUAACAGUACUAUACAUGGUAAUACUGUUUUCAUCGAUCAUACUGUAAAUUAGGUUCCCAACAGAAGGUAUUAGGUUACAUGAGCAUAGGAAAAUUAACGCUUCCGCUUGAAAUAACAAAUCUUAAGAAUUAUUCC